AUGAUCAUCGACGAAAACAGAUUAUGGCCCUCAGAACCCGAUGGACGGGUAAUAAUCUCUAUCGGAUUCUCAGAGCAUGGACAUCAUGAUCGCCGGGACGAAGUGAAAAAGGUCGCUAGGAAAUGGGAGAAAGCCUGUCCCUGCAUUCACUUUAAGUGGACUAGAGACAUUUCCGAGUGCGACGUGCGUAUCAGCUUCAAGGGCGAUUUGAGUUGGUCUGAAAUUGGCAACACUGCAGCUGACGAUCUCGACCUUGAACAUCCAACAAUGAAACUUCCCUGGGUAGGGGAGAAGGCCCUGAGGAGGCGCCACAUACUGCACGAGUUUGGCCAUAUGCUUGGUGCUGAGCAUGAACACUGUUCUCCAGAUUUCCCAUGGGACUUUGACAAGAGCCAGGUGGUGGAACACUUCAAAAGAGAAAUUCAAACGAAGCAUCCGGCAUGGUCAACAAAAAAAAAGAAGGAUGAGGCAACGGCUCGCGCGAAGCGCGACGUGCUUAAGCAUUUGGAUAAAAGAGAUCUUAUAUGGUCGUCAUUUGAUGAUAAAUCCAUUAUGCUGUAUCCCAUAAAAAAGGAAUGGUUGCAGUAUAACCCAUAUGACGACAUCCCACCAGAAGACUUUGACGAGAACUAUGAGCUUUCACGCAAAGACAAAAAGUACAUGAGGAAAGCCUACGGCUGUACAUGUCUAGAUCCGAAUCCACCAACCCCUCCGCCAAUCCCUCCACCGAAUCCAGUUCCCUAUCCAGGCGGUUUCGUGUACGGUGGACUACCGCCGAAUUGGCAGCCAAUCGCACCCCCACCUUCGUAG